AUGAAGUUUUGGAAUUCUUACAUUCCGCUACUAGGAGUGAUGACCUUAGCUUUCAGCACCGAGACUGUUGCUGUGCUUUUGGCAGAUGAAAUUGUACCUUCCAUUGAAUGCGCCCAUCCUGUUUGGUACAAGAAGCAGAAGACUAGCCGUGGUGUUCGAGGUUGGAGAUCUCUUGCUGCUGCAACAGAAACAACUAUAGUUGGAGGAGGAGACAGAAUAAGCAGAAGAGGUGCGGGACGAGACUUAAUUGGCGAGGAACAAGAAGAAAAGCAAGACGGGGGCACAACAGACAGAGUUGAUGAAGGAGACAAAGGAUACAAUGGUGGCAAUCCUUUCAACCAAAGAGACAAGGGCGACGCACUGGUAGCGGAUAAAGGAGACAAGGGCAAUAAUGGAGGUAAAGGAGACAUAGGAGACAAGGGCGGCAAAGGAUAUACAGCUGACAAGGGUGAUAAAGGAAGCAUUGGAGACAAAGCAAACAAGGGCACUGACAAAGGAUAUACUGCUGACGAGGCUGAUAAAGGAGGCACAGGAGACAAAGCAAACCAGGGCGCUGACAAAGCAAACAAUGGCGCUGACGACAAAGGAGGCACAGGAGACAAAGCAAACAAGGGCACUGACAAAGCAAACAAUGGUGCUGACAAGGGAGACAAAGCUGGUGCUGACAAGGGAGACGUGGCAACAGCCUAUGACAUCCCAACAACCACGGUUGGAGCCGAAACACAUGACAAUGGAGCCUAUGAUGUCCCAACAACGACUGGUGGAGUCGAAACACAUGAGAAUGGAGCAUAUGAUGUCCCAACAACGACUGGUGGAGUCGAAACACAUGACAAUGGAGCCCAAUAUGUUGGAGUCGAAACACAGACCGAAAGAUUAAUCUUCGAGGAAGGUUUUGAGAUUGGUUUCAAGCAAGGGUUUGGGCUUUAUCAGCACCGUGGUGCUACUGUAGGCGAGUUCAUGUCAAUCUACAGAAACACAGCGUCCAUUGGAGCUUGUGUUGAAGACCAAAACGGCGAGAACGACCACCAAAAAGUACUUUCCUGCAUGGAAUCGUACCAAGUUGGUUUCAUGAGUGGCUUUGAGAGAGGAUUCAGUGAGGCAGAGAGCAGUGCCAACUCCGGAGAAGACGAACUCCCCAGCAAGAAUUGUGGAGGCUAUGAGACCCAAUCUAGUGGUACCACCGAGGACGAAGAAGAAGAGUCUGAGCAAAACGAAUACCAUGAGACUGCAUCUAGCAGUACCGAGGGCGAAGAAGAAGACGAGGAGUCCGAGCAAAACGAGUACAUGUACUAUGGGACCGGAUCUAGCAGUACCACUGAGGAUGAAGAAGACAAGGAGUCCGAGGAAAACGAAUACUAUGAGACCGGAUCUAGCAUGACCACCGAGGACGAAGAAUACGAACAGCAAAACCAAGACUACUCAUCCCAGCAAUCUGCCGAGGACGAAGAAGACGAACAGCAAAACCAAGACUACUCAUCCCAGCAAUCUGCGUUCCGGUACAUAGAUACACCCCAAUUCCCCAGCAACUGUGAGCUCUCAGGAGGAGCAGUUUUGAUGUGCAAGGAUGACGAAGGUAACACCUUCAAACCUGUCAAAUGUGGAGACGGUGCACUAGCCGCAGCUUGUGGACUCUGUAUGGAUGGAGAGGAAAGAACGAGUUAUGUCCAUUGCUUGGGUGUUGACUGUGUUUACAAUCCACACGACCAGGAAUGUAUUUCAAACAGUAGUUAG